UGGUUUGUUGGUUUCACCAAUAAUGGAACUUCUCCAUCAUUCUUGUCUGUUCCCAAGAAAAUCUUGAAAACGAGAAGAAGAAGAAGAUGACUCUCUCUAAAGAGAAUCACUGAAACCUCUGCUCUUUCUUUCUUUUUUUCUCGGAUCGAGAGAGAUGAUAACGAAUCCACGUCUCUUGUUCUACUCUUGCAUUGCAAAAGGAACAGUGAUUCUCGCCGAGUUCUCUUCCAAGGAUGAGCCAGAGAUCGAAUCUAUAGCUUUGCGAUGCAUCGAGAGCGUGCCUCCCCAUCACUCAAUGAUCUCUCACACUGUCCGAAAGAGGACAUACGCUUUGAUCAUAGACCGUCCGUUUACCUAUCUCGCCAUUUUAGACGAGGCCGUGACGAAAACAGAGUCUCUCUGGCUCUUCACUCGGUUGAAAUCAGCCGUGGAGGCUCUGGUUUCAGACGGAUCUGCGUUGAACAACAACCCGACAAAGCACUGUCUCCAGUCGAAGCUCGAUCCUGUUUUCGCUGAGAUCGCUACUGGUGGUGGUAAUAACAACAACAAGGAUCUGGAACCGGAGUUAGGCUUGGUUGGAUCACCGAGGGAGAUCAAGAAUCCGAGUCUUGAUUCAUCGAAAGAACAACGCUCGUUGAAGCCGCUUCUUGCAAAGCCAUUGAUGGUGUUGAAGAAGAACAAGAAGAGGUUGCAGACGGAGGCUAAGAUGGAUGUGGGAGGAGGAGGAGGGGGUGUGAUUAGUAGCAGGGGGUUACCAAGAAACGGAUUGAUUCAUGAUCAUCAUCAUAGACAAAAGGCCAAGCAGAUCUGGAAGAAACAUGUUUGGGUUGUCUUGAUGUUCGAUGUCUGUAUCUGUGUUGUUCUGUUUGGAAUCUGGCUUUGGGUAUGUCAAGGGUUUCAAUGCAUCCAAGGGUAGAAGAUACUUUUCACUCACUAACUCACUCACUCUUCGUCAACAUCAAAUCCAUCAUUGCAAAAACAGAGCUUCUUCUUUUAUGCUGUUGUUACUAAGUUAUGGUUGAAGUGAAUUUUCUUUCUUUUUCUUUUAAAUCCAAGGUGUUGUUUCCAGGGUUAAAUGCUGGCUUUACACCUUCGUGAUGAUGUUUACUAUUAUGUGUUUUUUUGAAGUUUUUCCUUCAUGAUGCAAAAGAAAAACAGUGUUUGUAAAAAGUAAUGUAUCUUUCGUUAUCUUGGA